AGCGAGGAAGUAGCGUGGAGGAAAUUCAGCGUCGAGGAGUCUCUUCAUCCGCCCACUCGGCUCCCUCAUUGGGCUGAGAAGCAUGAUGUCACACGCCGGCCACCUCUAUAAAAACCCGCUUUCCCCGCACAGACAGCAGAGCAGCUGGAAAGCUCAUUUUGCUGACAACAAGGAGGUCGGCUCACGCCCGCAGUCACUCGGGAGAAACUUUGGGAGCUACUCAAGAACGAGCAGGAAGCAUCUCACCAUGUGCAGAGGACUUGAAUCGCUGCCCAUCACCUGCCUGGAGAGGGCGAAGGAGCUGAAGGCGUUGUUUGGAAGUUUGCUGCAGAGGUCAGAGCACAGCCUCACAGGGCAGGCCAAGAAAAGUGACAAGCAGAGAUUACAUGAUGAAGUCAACGAGCCUCUAAAAUGGAAGGAGUCAUUUGACAAUCUGCUGUCCAGUCAAGAUGGACUGUGUUUGUUCAGAGCGUUCCUGGUGUCAGAGUUCAGCGAGGAGAACAUCGCCUUUUACUUGGCCUGUGAGGACUACCGGACGAGCAAACCGCCCAAGCUGGCCGCCAAGGCCAGGAAGAUCUACAAGGAGUUUGUCUGCUCUGACGCGCCACGAGAGGUAAACCUUGACCACGCCACCAAAGAAGUCACCAGGGAAAACAUGACGCGGCCCAGUCAGUCGUGUUUCGAUCAGGCUCAGGACAAAAUCUACACGCUGAUGGAGAAAGACUGCUACCCUCGCUUCCUCAGGUCCUCGGCGUACCUGGACCUGACCAGAGAGACCAAGACGGGCUAAGAGACUUUUUUUUAAAAACACAAACAACAGCAAAAAAGAAACCCAGAAAGUUGGACGCAACUUGUCUUCUCCUUUUUAAGAAGGGGCUGCAAGCUCGGUGACGUGUUACCGACGGCGUCAGGGCUCUGGGCUGGAGAACCACAGAGUUUCUGGACGAGCCGUGGAGUUCUUUCCGUCUCCUCAGAGAAUCCACGGAACGGGAUGAAAGCUGGAAGCUGAAGUACACUGGAAUCUGUGACAGGAGGCUCACACAGGCUGAGCACCAGCAGCCUGACGGACUUCACCUUUAGGUUCAGAGAGAGCCGCUAUCAGACAACCAAACUACCGUUUGAAGGCAUUCAUAUUUAUUUAUUCUUUAUUUAUUUAAAAAAAAAAAGUUUACUGAACGUUUGCUGUGCAACCGAUUGUUGAAAAUGUGUUUGUAAUUUAUAUAUUUCUGUUUUUAUAUGUGGAAGUAAUAUGGAAUUAAAGAAGAACGAU